AUGCAGGCCAAAGGCGCUGGUCGUGGCACAGCUCCACCGACGACAGCAUUCCCGGCAACCGUGGCGACGAGCCCCACCCCGCCGCCCGCACCGACUACACGAUCCAAGGCUACCUCUUCGCAGUGCGGUGAAAAGCAGGUACCUGCUACAAAGACGCAGCCAGCCAAGCCCAACAUGCCCAUCAAGGUGCCGUCGCACGUUCCUGGUUGCAACGCUCCGCCGGCCUUGGUGGCUGUGUUCACCUGCCUGGACACGAUGGCGCCCGACCCGGAGCCACCGCCUCCGAACCAGCUUCAGUAUCGACCUCGACAUCCGCAAUCCCUGCAGGCCCAGGCCCAGGACUUCUUCGACAUGCAUGUCCCUGACUACGUCAAUGCUCCACCUCAGACCGUGCCUCCGCUACCGCCCGCCCGUGCCCGACAGCUCUGGAAAAGGACGCUAAGGCGGUCGAGAUCUCCGGACGACGCCCCCGCUCUGACCGCAGCCCUCCCACCGGCCGAUGACCCAAGGCCAGAGCCCAAUGGAUGCUGCCUCGACAGCCGCCAUGUGGCUGUCCCAGACCCGCUGGUCAGAUGCAACUGGAUGGCGGCCGGCACCGCCUCCGAGCUUUCCUCCGCCUCACUCAGGCGGGCCACCCAGACCCGUGCGAGAGGGACCACGCAGCAGUCUGUUUUGGACGCUGCUCUCAUUCGCACGGUCCUCCUUGUGCUGUCGGGAUACAAGAAGGUCGGGACCUCUGCCGUGGCACUGGCGGCGGCUGACCCAGUGAAUGCUGAGCACGCCGUCCGGGACGUUCGGGACAACGUCUACGCACGGUCGGCUCGUGCACUGCUGGAUGCUCGCUGGACCACUUGGCGGCUUGGCAACGUCAGCGACACAGUGAGUCGCGGAGACCUUCGCCACGUUCGCGCCGAAGGUUGGGCUCUUGUUCAGAGGGACUGGGGCGCCCUCUUCCCGGAGCUCCUUGCUGCUGCCAGCUUGACCCUUCCGAUUCAGCGAGGUCUGGAUGUUGGUGCUGGUGCCGGCGGCGUGUCGGAGCCACUUCGCGACGUUUGCAGGUCCUUGAUCGCAGUGGAAACGUCCAGGGCCAUGGAACCGCGGGCGCGAGACAUGGUGUGA